AUGUCAGACAUGGAAGAGGUCUUGGACAAGCAAGAGCGAGAAAUAAGAGAAAGAAGGCGUAGACGAGCUGCAAGCAAAAGAGCGCAGAGAGAUCUAGAUCAGCAACUUGUCAUGGCUGUGGCCAUGCUUGAUGAAGAAAACCAGAGCAGUCGUGGUUCACAUGAAGGCCGUGGCCCAAAUGUUGACAGACAUAGGCAUUCUCGGGGUAAGAAUCUUAUGGAAGAUUAUUUUAUCCCAACAUCUCUGUACUCUGAUGUUCAUUUUCGAGGGAGGUAUAGAAUGCAACAACAUUUGUUCAAUAAAAUUAUGCAUGAUAUUUGCAAUUAUGAUGAAUACUUUGUUCAAAAGAGAAAUUGUGCUGGUGUUUUGGGACUGCUUCCCGAACAAAAGUUCACAGCUGUUAUACGAAUGUUGGCGUAUGGUGCAUCUGCUGAUCAGGUGGAUGAGAUUACCCGGAUGGGGAAGUCCACUGCCUUGGAGAGUUUGGUUAGAUUUUGUGAUGCAGUCGAAACUCUGUACACCAGGGACUACCUGCGCCGACCCACGCCCAGGGACCUGCAACGACUUCUGCAGAAAGCCGAACGGAGAGGGUUUCCAGGAAUGAUUGGUAGCAUCGACUGCAUGCACUGGCAAUGGAAGAAUUGCCCAACUGCUUGGCAGGGUGAUUACGGAAAUCGGAAAGGCCAAAAAAGCAUCAUCCUUGAAGCCGUUGCAGGUUUCGAUACAUGGGUCUGGCACGCCUUUUUCGGAGUUGCUGGAUCUCAAAAUGACUUGAACGUCCUGGGUCAAUCCCCGGUGUUCAAUGAAGUUUUGAGAGGAGAAGCCCCAAAAAUCACAUAUGAAGUCAAUAAUACCGUCUACCAAAAUGGGUAUUAUCUAGCUGACGGGAUCUACCCGAGGUGGACAACGUUCGUGAAAUCACUUCCGCAUCCCCGAACCCAGAAGCAAAAAUUAUUUGCUACAUAUCAAGAAGGUUACAGAAAGGAUGUGGAGAGGUGUUUGGUAUCCUCCAAGCUCGGUGGGCGAUCAUUAGGGGUGCGGCGCGUAUGUUUGAUGAGGAGGUGUUGA